GCUUAGUUCACUUUAAUAUUGAUCAGCAGUAACAUGAAGUCUUACGCGAUACUCCUGCUAGUUUCGUUGGUAGCUGGUACCCAUGCUGGAGUCACCAGAGUGGUUGGUGGCUCGGAUGCACCGGAUGGAAAAUACAAGUACCAGGCUUACUUGAAAGACAAUCAAGGAUUUCUCUGUGGAGCUUCGAUAAUUAGCAAACGAUACUUGCUCACCGCUGCUCAUUGCUUCUUAGGAGUUAAUCCAGCUAACGUGAAAGCCGUAGUCGGUACCAACGUAUUCAUGAACGCUACUGUUGGUGAUGAGUAUCAAGCAGAAUCAUUUGUCGUUCACGAAGAGUAUAGCAGACCAGGAGGCGAUCACGGAGUUAACGACAUAGCCGUAGUGCGAGUACGAAAAGACAUUGUCUUCAAUGACAAAGUUCAACCAGUUAAAUUGCCCAACGUGGGUGAACAAAUUGCCGAUGAUUCAAGUGUCACGUUCAGUGGGUGGGGUAUUCUGAAGUACGGAGGAGUUUAUCCAAAAGUACUCCAACAACUUGAACUGAAAAUCCACAAUCAAGCAGCGUGUAAAAAUGAUUGGUUGAGAUUAAAACUGAUACUCAUCGAAGACAGCAUGCUUUGCACCAAAGGAAAACGCGGAGAAGGCGUUUGUCACGGAGACUCUGGAGGCCCUUUGGUCACCGAGGAUGGUGUUCAAGUUGGUGUCCUGUCUUUUGGAUACCCCUGUGCCUUUGGCCACCCCGACAUUUACACGAGAGUAUCUGCUUACGUUGAUUGGAUCAGUCAGUUUUUAAAUUAAUAUGAAAAAAUUGUAAUGCAACUCUUUAAAAUAAAUUAUGAAUUGAUAUAAUACG